GUUUGGGUAUUAUUAGAUCUAAUUUUAUAUAAAUUGCAUUGCUGGACCUGUCUGAGGCAUCUCUUCCACAAAACUUGAAUGGCAUUGGCUAUGAGACUGGGAUUUGUUUGGCAUGCCUCAAACCCCAGAUGCACCAACACUUUGGUUUCUGUGUGAAAGAGAGAAUCUUAAAUUUUUCUCUUUCAGUUUUUUUCUCUUUUUCCUUUUUUCUUCAUAGUUUAUUUGAAACUUUUCUGAGGUAUAUACUGAUGGGGAAUGUGAGGGCAAGGUCAUCUUCUUUCUCUGUCAACCCAAGUUGUGGCUCCAGUUGAGAUUUCAAGCUUUUUUGCCUUUUCUAUUUUCUCUUUUUCCUUCCAAAACACAGUUUCUUUCCUUUUGCUUCCUAUCUCCUCCGACUGGUUAGCAACACAAAGCUGUGAUCUUCUUAAUUGCUACCUCUUGAAGAAGCUCUAAAAGCUCAUUUUAUAGGUAAAAUUGUGAAAGGUGAUUGAGCAUCAGAGUAGAUAUGUGAUCUACUUUUUUGAGCAAAUUUCUUGGAAAGAAAGGGAUCAUAUAUCCAAAUUCAACUCUAUUUAUCCUGGAUAUUGUACAAGCAACAUUAAAGUCCAAUGGAGAAGCUUGUUAGGCCGUACGAUAAGGAGUAUAUGAGGAUGGCAAUGUUAAAGCAUGAAGAAACAUUCAAAGAGCAGGUCUACGAGCUCCAUCGUCUAUAUCGAAUCCAGAAGACAUUGAUGAAAAGCAUUGAAAACAGCAGGACUAAUGGAAGCUUUAGCUUCAAGAAUAAUCACCAUGGGAACCAUGGGAAUAUGCACCAGAAUUCAAGAAUGAGACUUGACUUCGAACUUCCGGCUGAUCAAGAAUACAACAUUGCAGAGUCAGAUCAUGGUAACAGAACGUUAGAAGUCAUAGAUGAGAACGAGAUUGAGCUGACGUUAGGGCCCACAAGGUACAUGCCGAGGAAGAAACAUGGGACUCCUCUAACUUCGGAUUCUGGACCAAGCAGCUUCUCUUCUUCUUCCACUGAAUCCAGUCAUAUGAACAGGACAAGUAGUUCCAUGACCAAACAGAAGACAAAUACAACAAGAGAUGAAUUCAAUGGUCGUGAGCUGGGACUCCUCCAGGUUACUGACAUGACAUUGGGGUAUCAAAAUGGAAGUAAAAACAAUAUUGAUCUCGAAGAACAAUUGAAACAAGAGAGAUUAAAACAGCCUCCUUGGCUUUUCCAAGUUCUAAGUAUGAAUAUGACUUGAAAAAAAUGAGAAAAUAUCUUCCAAUUUUCUGUGAUUGGUGUUUGUGUGGAAGUUUCUGCUUAGUUGUUUUUAGCAAAAAUGGGUGGUGGAGUCUUUUGUAAAGAUCACUAGUUUCCCUGACUUCCAUUACUAUACUUAUUGAC